CGUCGCUGCGAGGCCUGUGCGAAGGCAGGCCGCGGCGGUCCGGGGCCCGAGUCCGGAGGCAGGGGCGGCCGCCAUGGCCGAGAGCAUCAUAAUCCGCGUCCAGUCCCCAGAUGGAGUGAAGCGGAUCACGGCCACAAAGAGAGAAACAGCUGCAACAUUUUUGAAAAAGGUUGCAAAGGAAUUUGGCUUCCAAAACAAUGGCUUCUCAGUUUACAUCAAUAGAAACAAGACUGGAGAGAUAACAGCAUCGUCCAGCAAAUCCCUUCAUUUGCUAAAAAUCAAACAUGGCGAUUUGUUGUUCCUGUUUCCCUCAAGCCUUGCUGGAACUUCAUCUGAAAUGGACACGUCGUCAACCUCACUGGGGUUAAAGGCCUUUGUCCCUCCUAGUGUGGUUGAGGAUGAAAUCGAUCAAUACCUCAGUAAGCAGGAUGGAAAGAUAUACAGGAGCCGAGACCCACAACUAUGUCGCCAUGGUCCCCUGGGAAAGUGUGUGCAUUGCGUCCCGCUGGAGCCAUUUGAUGAAGACUACCUGAACCACUUGGAGCCUCCUGUCAAGCACAUGUCCUUCCAUGCCUAUAUACGGAAGCUGACUGGAGGGGCUGACAAGGGGAAGUUCGUUGCCCUGGAGAACAUCAGCUGCAAGAUUAAGUCAGGAUGCGAGGGACACCUCCCGUGGCCCAAUGGCAUCUGCACCAAGUGUCAACCUAGUGCCAUCACAUUAAAUAGGCAGAAAUACAGGCAUGUGGACAAUAUCAUGUUUGAGAAUCACACUGUUGCUGACCGCUUCCUUGACUUCUGGAGAAAGACAGGGAACCAACAUUUUGGGUACUUAUAUGGACGGUACACGGAACACAAGGACAUUCCCCUUGGCAUCAGGGCUGAAGUGGCUGCAAUUUAUGAACCUCCUCAGAUAGGUACACAGAAUAGCCUGGAGCUUCUGGAAGAUCCCAAAGCUGAGGUGGUUGAUGAGAUCGCUGCCAAGCUCGGCCUGAGGAAGGUUGGAUGGAUAUUCACGGACCUUGUCUCAGAAGAUACCCGGAAGGGUACAGUCCGAUACAGUCGAAAUAAGGACACCUAUUUCCUGAGUUCAGAGGAGUGCAUCACAGCAGGAGACUUUCAAAACAAGCACCCCAACAUUUGCCGGCUCUCUCCUGAUGGGCAUUUUGGAUCCAAGUUUGUUACUGCAGUGGCUACAGGUGGUCCAGACAACCAGGUUCACUUUGAAGGGUACCAGGUAUCCAAUCAGUGCAUGGCACUGGUCCGUGAUGAAUGUCUCCUGCCAUGCAAGGAUGCCCCUGAGCUCGGUUAUGCCAAGGAGUCCAGCAGCGAACAAUAUGUGCCUGAUGUGUUUUAUAAGGACAUAGACAAGUUUGGUAACGAGAUCACUCAGCUGGCCCGCCCCCUGCCCGUGGAAUAUCUGAUCAUAGACAUCACAACAACCUUCCCCAAGGAUCCAGUUUACACUUUUUCUAUUUCACAAAAUCCAUUUCCUAUUGAAAACCGGGAUGUAUUGGGCGAGACACAGGACUUUCAUAGUUUGGCCACCUACUUAUCUCAGAAUACCUCAUCUGUGUUCUUGGAUACCAUCUCGGACUUCCACCUUCUACUGUUUCUGGUCACCAAUGAAGUCAUGCCUCUGCAGGACAGCAUCAGUCUGCUGUUAGAGGCUGUGCGGACCAGAAAUGAGGAAUUGGCACAGACGUGGAAGAAGUCUGAGCAGUGGGCCACCAUUGAGCAGCUGUGCAGCACUGUUGGUGUGCAGCUCCCAGGCCUACAUGAGUAUGGUGCUGUUGGAGGCUCUGCACAUGCUGCCACCUCUGCUAUGUGGGCCUGUCAGCACUGUACCUUCAUGAACCAGCCAGGCACAGGCCACUGUGAGAUGUGCAGCCUCCCUAGGACCUAGGGCUCAGGCCCUCUGCUGGGUGAGACUGGGCCAGCCCAGCCCUCUCUGAUGCCUGGAGCACCGUGUGUUCCUAUAAGGCCUGAGGCCCACGGCCCUAAAGAGGUGGAACCAGCUACCCUGGUAUCUCAGACCUGAAGCUUCUCAGUGCCGAUCCUGGAGAGAAAGAGCCCUGGCUGGUAUGCUGGGGCUGAACAGAGACUCCCAACUGGAAAUACAGAGCAGUCCUGCCCAAGAACACCCUACAUGCCUCACUCAAGUUAAUAGCUCCCCACUGCAGUGGAAAGACUGAGCACCUCCUGAGAUUGGGGUGCAAGGAUAGAUUGCUGCUGCCACCCAGCUGUUUCUCUUUUCUUUAUGGUUUUUUUCUGCUUCUUCCCCCUACUUCCCACCCCUUAUUUUUGGUUGGAUACUCUUCUCCUGGUUGCCUCUGUGCUCUUGCUGUGGGGCUGCAUCCCUCCUGUGUGAGGAGCACUGCCUGGCAGGAAUGUGUGUAGUUGCACUGUGGCCUCCUUGGCCUGACCUGCUGGUUAGUGUGACACCUGUCGUUCACUCACUCAAAAUCUAGGUAAGGUUUUAAAAUUCCCAUUGGUUAUAACAACAGUUAUCACUAAUUCUUGCCCAGAAAACAUUUAUUUAUUGUUUUUAAGGUAAAACUGCACAAAGUGGGGAGUAAAAGAGACUUAAUUUCUGCUUCUUUUCUUCCCUUAGUAGAACUCCACAUGGGUGUUCCAAGGUGGUGAGUGGAUAGGGGGCCAUUGUCAGUUCUCUCCUGAAGCAAACCUCAGUGCCUGAGACCUUUUUUUUUUUUUUUUUACCAAGCCACAGGGCUGUGGCAGCUGGUAACAUGGGCGCUGAGUAGGAGCAGGGUUGCCCUCACAUGGCAGGUAGCCCUUCCAGAGUCUGGAUGGGCCGGAACUGGGGCUCUUGUCCCCUCCUCCAGCACUAUUCCCUGACCCAUGGCUCCUCACAACCUGGCCUUGUGGUACAGUGCUAUGGCUCUUGAGAUAGCCUAGUAAGGGCCUGUAUGUGGCUUGGAUGAUUUAUACUGUAUGUAUGGUAAGGUGUGGGCAAUCCAAAACAGUUUGAGGGACUCUGAGGGUCCCAUGUAACUGUUCUCUGAUGCAGCCCUCUCCUAGGUGAGCUGUGGACAUCUUGAUGCCUCUUUGCCUUAAUUGAGAGUCCAGUCAGUUGUGUUGGGCCCUGGGAAAUGCCAGCCCAGCCAUAGACUGUUGGAAGACUUGUAUGUCACCCUGGUGGGAGGGCAAGCCUAUGCUGCCUUCCCCAUCCUUGGCCCUGUGGACAGAGAACCCUUGUCCGCUGUGCUUCCACAUGGCAGAGCUGUGGCCAGCAUCCCUUGGUUCACCUGGCAUUGGAUCCAAAGUGAAAGGCCCAGAGGCUUGUCUACUGCUCGGGCCAUAAGCCCAUUCAGUUUGGUUUGGUCAUGGCAGGGCCAUCCUAGAGGGUCAAAAGGGUUGGAAAGCAGCAAGGAAGCCAGUCUUCUGGGCUGUGUCAGCAUAUGGCAGAGAGUGCCGAGGUUUGUCCGCCCUGCCUCUUGGAGCUGCCCUGGCUAGGGCUUCACUCUCCUGUCUUUUCUGGUCCCUAAGAUCACUUAGACUGGAUGUGGUGGCAUUACUGUUUCCAAGGCCAAUCACAGUAGCAUCAUCACCCGUGCUGAGCAGCACAGACUUCUCAAGAUCUUUCCGCCACUGCUUAUUCUCCUACUUGCUCUCAUCUUUGUCCACCAUGCUAAUUUACUUCACUAUUCUUCUCAUGUUCUGGCAUCCACAUAAAUUCAUGGGUUCUUUUGUCUUUUUGCUAAAGAAAGUUGUGAUUUCUCUGCUUAUGGUUUUGAAUUGCUCUUUGUUCAGUAAUGCACUUUAUUUUAUUGUCCAAAGAGAGUCAAGCUAAUGCUACCGGCUCGGGGUGGGCUCUGCUGAAGGUGGAGUUCUGGUCAGCUCAGCCACUUCUACAUGGAGAUGAACCUAGCCCCACCUCUCCUCCCUUUUGCCAUCAGGCACUGUAGCCAGACAGGGGUGCCUGUGUGCACACCUGUCCAAGUGAAUCCAGUGGCUGCCAUGGUCCCCUGCAGGCUGAAUUGGGGUCUAGCCCUAGCCUCCAGCCAGUCUGCUCCUGGGACAUGGGUGCUCCCGCUUCGGCUCUGCUUUGGGCUCGCUGGUGUGUAUUGGCUGGGUGUGGACUAGCAUUUCCUUGACCCCAGCCCUGCAGUGGAACCUAAUAAAAGCACCUGAAGCGAC